GGCUGCCACUGCGGCAGCGCCGGUCGCCUUCCUCGGAUCGUCAGCGUACAGGUGAGGACAGGGGACCCCGCGCCCGAGCCGCCGAGGAGGGAGCGGGCAGCUUCGGGCCAUAGACACACUGUUGUUCUGUUUCUCUCCCUGCAGCUGGGAGGAAGGAUGUUCACUGUGCUGACCCGCCAACCUUGUGAGCAAGCAGGCCUCAAGGCCUUCUCCCGAACUCCAGCCAUCAUCGCCUUGGUGUUCUUGCUUUUGAGUGUUGUGGUGCUUGUGGCUAUCACGCUCAUCCAGAUUCACCAGAAGGAGGUCCUCCUUCCAGGACUGAAGUAUGGAAUCGUGCUCGAUGCUGGGUCUUCCAGAACCACAAUCUAUGUGUAUGAGUGGCCAGCGGAGAAGGAGAAUAACACUGGAGUGGUCAGUCAAACCUUCAAAUGUAAUGUGAAAGGCCCUGGAAUCUCCAGCUAUGGCAAAAACCCCCAAGAUGCCCCCAGAGCCUUUGAAGAUUGCAUGCAAAAAGUCAAGGAGCAGAUUCCAGCCCAGCUCCGUGGAUCUACCCGCAUCUACCUAGGGGCCACCGCUGGGAUGCGCUUGCUGAGGUUGCAAAAUGAAACAGCAGCUAAUGAAGUCCUUGCAAGCAUCCAACACUACUUCAAGUCCCAGCCCUUUGACUUUAGGGAUGCUCAAAUCAUUUCUGGGCAAGAGGAAGGGAUAUAUGGAUGGAUUACAGCCAACUAUUUAAUGGGAAAUUUCCUGGAGAAGAACCUGUGGCAUAUGUGGGUGCAUCCGAAUGGAGUGGAAACGACAGGUGCCCUGGAUUUAGGUGGUGCCUCCACCCAAAUAUCCUUUGCCACUGGAGAGAAGGUGGGGCUGAACACCAGUGACAUCAUGAAGGUGUCCCUGUACGGCUAUGUGUACACGCUCUACACACACAGCUUCCAGUGCUACGGCCGGAACGAGGCUGAGAAGAGAUUUCUGGCCACCCUCCUUCAGAAUUCUACCACCAAAACCAGUCUCACCAACCCCUGUUACCCUCGGAAUUACAUCACCAACUUCACUGGGGACCGCAUAUUUGACAGCUUGUGCACAGAAGGCCUGAGGCCUGGAAGUUACGAGCCCAGUGCCAUCAUCACUUUUGAAGGAACCGGGGACCCAUCCCUGUGUAGGGAAAAGGUGGCUUCCCUAUUUAACUUCAGCGCUUGCCAUGACCAAGAAGACUGUUCCUUUGUUGGGGUUUAUCAGCCAAAAGUUAAAGGGUCAUUUGUGGCUUUUGCAGGAUUCUACUACACAGCCAGUGCUAUGAAUCUUUCAGGUAGCUUUUCCCUGAACUCCUUCAACUCAAGCACCUGGAAUUUCUGCUCACAGAGUUGGAAUCAGCUCCCGUUGCUGCUGCCCAGGUUUGAUGAGGUGUACGCCCGCUCCUACUGCUUCUCAGCCCACUAUAUCUAUCACUUGCUGGUAAAUGGAUACAAAUUCACCGAGGAGACUUGGCCCCAAAUACAUUUUAAAAAAGAAGUAGGGAAUAGCAGCAUAGCCUGGUCUCUCGGCUACAUGCUCAGCCUGACCAACCACAUCCCAGCCGAAAGCCCCCUGAUCCGCCUGCCCGUGAAGCCAUCUGCCUUUCUGUGCACUGUCUCCUUCUUCUCAGUAGUGACCUUGCUGUGUCUGGCGUUUUUUGUGUACCUGUGUGCAUCAUCCAGGAAUCAGAGGCGUGCCCAGCAUACCUUCAGUCAUGCGGUGGAUUCUGCGUGA